GGCUGCCGCAGCCCUCGCGGGCUGAGCCCGGCCAUGGCCCAGCAGGAGCCGGCUGAGCCCGGGGCUGCGGCCGCCGGCCCGGAGCUGGCGGCGGGGAGCGGCCCCGUGCAGAUCCGAGUGGCCGUCCAGGCAGCCGCGGAGGAGGAAGAGCGGGAGGAGGAGGAGGACGACGACGAGGAGGAGGAGAGGGGCGGCGGAGCGCUGUGCCCCAGCUGCAGCGAGGAGGACUCGGGGCGGUGCGGGCGCUCCAGUGGUGGGGAAAACGAUGACGACUCUGAGCAGAACUGGAAACCACCAGAAAAUGACCUGAUCCAGAAAUUAAUAGCACAGAUUGAAUAUUACUUCUCAGAUGAGAACCUUGAGAAAGACACCUUCCUCCUGAAGCACGUGAGAAGAAAUAAGAUGGGCUAUGUCAGUGUUAAACUCCUCACUUCUUUUAAGAAGGUGAAACACCUUACCCGUGACUGGAGAACCACGGCCUACGCACUGAAGUACUCGGACACUCUUGAGCUCAACGGUGACAACAAAAAGGUUCGAAGGAAGACUCCAGUUCCACUGUUUCCAAGUGAAAACGUCCCUACCAGGAUGCUGCUGGUGUAUGACAUCCACAUGAUUUCUGAGCUGCAGGCUCUUAAUAAGCAAGAAAAUGGAUGCAUGCAAGAAAGGAUAAUGGAGCAUCUCCUCAAAGCCUUUGUAACUUUUGGUGUCAUUUCAUCAGUUCGUAUUCUCAAGCCUGGCAGGGACCUACCACCUGAUAUCAGGAGGGUCAGCAACCGGUACACCCAGCUGGGAACUCAGGAAUGUGCAAUUAUAGAAUUUGAAGAAGUAGAUGCUGCCAUACGUGCUCAUGAUUCAAUGUGCACCCAAAAGAAAGAGACCGGCAUGAAAGUUGUCCUCAUAGGAAUGAAACCGCCAAAGAAAAAAGUUCCCAAAGACAAGAACCACGAUGAAGAUUCCAGCAAGAGUCUUAAGAAGACUCGAUCCCUUAAUAAGAGAGUGGAGGAACUUCAGUUUGUUGGUGAUGAAUCUUCAGCAAACAGCUCUUCUGACCCAGAGAGCAAUCCCACAUCCCCCCUGGCAGGGCGCAAACGUACUGCAGCAAACACUGCGAGUAAUUUGAGCCCCAUCGUUCAUCCAAAUAACCAUUUGAGUCCUAAUGUGUCACCCAGAUCAAGUCCUUGGAACAGUCCAUCUUCACUGAGGAAAGUAACAAAAAAAUCUCCGCUGGCUGAAGACAGUAAGCUUAACCCAAGCACUAGCCCUGAAAUUCCAAGGAAAUGUACAGAUUAUUCCUCGGAUAGCAGCAUCACCCCUUCUGGGAGCCCCUGGGUACAGAGAAGGAAAGCCCAAACUCUCACACAGGAGAAGAGUUCCAGCAGCAGUCCCAUGUUGGUUAGGAAAAUACAAAAUGCAGACGGUCUCCCUGUAGGGGUACUGAGGCUGCCUAAAGGUCCUGAUGGCACCAAGGGCUUCCACAACGGCUGUGAAAGAAGGAAGGCUAUGAAGAAACAGGUGAGGUUGGAAGGCAUCUCUGGAGAUUGCCCAGGCCACCUCCUUUUCUCAAGCUACAAGAAGUCACUGAGCGGUUUGAGCAUCUGUGAAGACAGAGACUUCCCUGCCUGUUUGGGUGAUGUGUUUCCAUGUUCAACCACCCACACAGUACAAAAGUGUUUCUUUACAAUUCAGGUGCAAUUUCUAUGUUCCAGUUUGUGCCCCUUUUCCUGUUACUUGGUAUUGCUGAGAAGGGCCUAGUUCCGUGUUCUUUACUGCUUCCCAUCGGGUAUUUAAAAACACUGAUGAGAUCUGGCCCCAGAGCCCUCUCCUCUCCAGUCUGACCUGCUCUCUAGGCCUCACAGGAUGGACGUGCCAGCCUUUUAAUCAGCUGAGUUGCUUUGUUAGUGCACUGCCCUUACCUGCAUCCAUUCCUUUAAUGCAUUAUUUUGAAAUGCCUAAACAUCCAAACAGACCUAUAAAUCAUUCAUGUACUACAUCAUUUGCAGAGCUGGGAUCCUGAAGAGCAGUGUGUAAAUACUUACAGUUUAGUGGCUGUAUUAUGAGAAGGGUGGUAUGUUACCAGUCUCAUCAUAGGGAGUUGGAGUUUUGAAGACUUUCUGUGUUUGCCUCAAAAGGAACUGAGAAAGUUAUGCCACAGCGAGCAGUUGUUCUCAUGUACAUUGCCAAAGCAGUAUUUUUUAGUAGGACCAGUGUGUAUUUUCAUGUGAUGUGAGUAAAGACUGAGCAUUGGAGACUGCUCUGUAAGUGUUCUCUCAUAUAAUCAGAUGGAAAUAAAAAUACUAACUCAGUCUAGAUCUAUUUUGUUUACUUUAAAAAUAAGUUGAGUUGCACCUGAAUAGAUAACUUAAACCUCAUCUUAUACCAUGUAAUCCUACUAGUAGUUACUCAAAAUUUCCAUUGCAUUCAAGGAAAAAAAAGUCCUCUGCCUCACUACUGAUGGUUAAUUCUGUGGUGAUGCUUCACUGUGACUGUGUGUCACAGUAUUUUUAUAUAAUAUUAUAAACUAAACAGUGGUCAGUGCUAACUCAGGAUUUAACAAGCAGGCUCAGCAAGAAGUGCUUAAAUUAAAAUUAACUAUAAUCCUACCUGAAGCCAAAGAGGGAAACUGCAGUUUUACUUACAAAAGUUAAACUCUGGAAAACUAGCCCAGAGACAGUAAGAGGGUUUCAGGUUCUAACGAAGAGCUUGGGAACUGUGCACGACAAAGGUCUCAUCAGAUGGUGAUUCCUCAUUCCCAAAGUCCACAUCCUGUCCAAUUUCCUAAGCAUAACACUUCUGCAGUGUAAAUAACCUCAGUAACAGAGUCAUAUGUACAGAAGUCCUGAUUCUGAUUCUUCAGCCACCCACAUAGAUUCCUGGUUCUUUUACUGCACACAAAUGGAAUCCUCCAAGUUACCUCCUGACUCCCAUUACCAAGACAUUAUAAAUACUACUGAACACAAAGUGGUGUUUUCUAAAAUCACCAGCACACCUGCAAACAUCUGAGUGACAAGGUAAGUCUUCAGAAGAGGGAUUCCAGAACUCCAGGUUACAUACAACUGCACUGGUUCAGUCCAAAUGCUUGUGUCAUGGAUAAUCAGGGAAGUUGGUUGUUUUUUUUAAUUAUAAAACUGUGCAGCAUCCAUGUGCCAUCGUGUACCAAACUACCUGGGGGCAGCACUAAAGCUGAUGCAAGGCAGUAUCGUGAAGACACACAGAAGUAAAUCAAAUGGAAAUACUGGGAAUUAUACGUAAUAAAAGUCUGUAAGAUAUUGCAUACUUGCAGAAAAACAAGGAAGUUGAAAACAUCAGCAUAUACCUGGGCUAUGCUCUCGGAAUUAACACUUCUACAUGUCACAUUCCACAUGAAAACCUUAAAAAUCCAAUUUACUUCCAUAUAACACCAACAGUUUGGAACUAAAAGUCUCGGACACUAAUGAGGAGUCUUAUUUUGCUUUAGAAAAUUUUACACAUGAUACAAUGAACACUGAGGAUGACUCCUUAGUAAAUAAAUAGGAAGUCUACAGUUUUUCUUCAAUAAUAAAUCAAAUUCUGUGUUACUGAAGAGUUAUUAGAAGGCCAUGAACUAUGAAAUACUAUAAACUUAAAGAGAAUGCCAUCUUAUUUGAGAUGACUAACGUAUACUUAACUAUAAAAUUCCAGAAAGCUGCUCCACCUUAGAGAGCUUUCAAUAAGAAAGAAAAAAUACACUUAUCAUGGUAAUUAUUUUUUCUAACAGAAAAUACAGACAAACGUGAUCAAACAGCAACUGAUAAAUGUGACCAGUGAAACUACUUGGAAAGUAAUUUAAAGUACUGCCUAUAGAGAAAAAGUUAACAUAUGGUCUUAUUCUGGUUCAGAUAAUAAACCCACAGCUCUGCUCCACACAAUUUCCCUGCAUCUCCAAAAGGGAGACGUUUUCUGCUUGGAAAACAUUCUGUGGAAACCUCCAGUAGACACACAGACACACCAACUUCUUUGCCAUCCUCCUCCCCAACCUUACUGCCACUUAGGAGCCAGAGCUACGUUAUGCUGACUGUAUUAUGAACAGCUUUUGUAUCAUUAGACACACAUUCAGUAUUCCUCAUGGAGCCCAGAACAUUUGAUGUUUAAUUAAUCAGUGUAAAAGGACUGUUGAUAGGGAACACCUUCUCUCCAGAUACUUCCUGCACUAGCCAGCAGUGCCCAGUGUUGGAUACUGCAGCACGUGCCUGUUCAGAGCCAUUCUGAACCCUCAGCACCAAAACACACACGCCAAGUGCACAGAGAGGGCACAGUGAACCCUGUGGCUGCCCGAGGCAGGGAGCCCUGGCUGCAGUUUUGUGGCUGGCAGGCAGCUCGUCUGCUCCAGGGACUCGCCCCCAGGGAAUCCUGCUUCUCCUCUGUAGAGCUCAAACACACACAUCCACACCUCACAUCCACACCUCGAAGGGGUGCUUUCAAAAACACGGAGGUUGAGGAUAUUUUUAUUGCCUUUUUUUUUUU